AUGGCCGAGGACAAGCCUGCUGUGAUCUGUGUCUUUUGUGGCGCCACGCCCGGCAAAGAUCCCAUUCAUCUCGAAGCCGCCCGCGCUCUUGCCUACGAGUUUCACAAACACAACAUUCGCCUGGUCUAUGGCGGGGGUACCACCGGAUUGAUGGGAGAAGUCGCCAAGACCCUCGUUUCGUUAUCCGGCCCCAAGGCCGUCCAUGGCGUAAUUCCUCGAGCGCUCGUCAAGGUUUCCGUCAAGGGCGUCGAGGAUCCCACGGCGCACAGCAAGGCCAACGGUCACUCCAAUGGCGAAAAUGUCGGCAAGACCGCAGAGCGUGAAGUGUCCGAGGCCAUUGAGGGCGAGGAGAUUCCCGAGUCUGAAUACGGUGUGACGACUAUCGUUCGGGACAUGCACUCGCGCAAGCGGAUGAUGGCCGAGCUCGUCAUGGAGGGCGGGCCUGGCUCGGGAUUCGUCUCGUUGGCGGGUGGAUUCGGUACAAUUGAGGAAGUCAUGGAGAUGACGACUUGGAAUCAGUUGGGCAUCCAUCGGGUCGGCGUCAUUCUACUCAACAUCAACGGGUACUGGGAUGGCCUGCUUGCUUGGGUACGCAACGCCGUGCAAAAUGGGUUCAUUUCGAGUGAAAACGGGUCCAUCCUGGCAGAGGCGCGAACCGUUGAGGAGGUAGUGCCUAAGUUGUUGCAGUAUCAGUGCAGCACUGAUCGAUUCCAAUUGAAUUGGGGCGAGGAAUAG